CCUCAUUCUGGUCUCUCUGCUCGGUCUCGUUCGCCAUGGCCGCUUCCACGGACUCCUCGUGCUACACACUGGUCUUUGAGGACAGCUCAGAGGCCCCCACGACCCAGGAGCUCCGCACCGCCCUGCAGAAGGGCUCGGACGAGGUCAAGCUUGACACGUUGCGCAAAAUCAUCAUCUCCACGAUAAAUGGGAAUCACCAGCCGCAACUGUUGAUGCCCGUCAUCCAAUAUGUUAUGCCAUCCCGGAAUAAGCAGCUCAAGAAGCUGCUGCACUUCUACUGGGAGGUGUGCCCGAAAUACGACGACAACGGGAAGCUGAAGCAGGAGAUGAUCCUCGUUGUCAAUGCGAUCCGUAACGACCUUCAACAUCCCAACGAGUACAUCCGCGGCUCGACGCUCCGCUUCCUGCAGAAGAUCUCGAAGGACCAGGAGCUGCUCGAGCCGCUCGUGCCCAUAUGCCGCUCGUGCCUCGAGCACCGGCACUCGUACGUGCGCAAGAACGCGGUGUUCGCGGUGUACUCGAUCUACCGCGAGUUCGAGCACCUCAUCCCCGACGCGCCCGAGCUCCUCCAGACGUUCCUAGCGGCAGAGUCGGACGCGACGUGCAAGCGGAACGCGUUCGUGUUCCUUGCGAACUGCGCGAUGCCGAAGGCGGUCGAGUACAUUGUGCAGGUGUUUGACCAGAUCCCGGGCAUGGACGAGCUGCUGCAAAUGAGCAUUAUCGAGGUCAUCCGGUUGGACUGCAAGCAGGAAACAACGCACAAGUCGCGAUACAUCCUCCUCAUUUCAGAGCUGCUCAACGCGACAUCACACGCUGUAAAGUACGAAGCCGCCGCCACCCUCACUUCCCUUACGCAGAACCCGGCCGCGGUCAAGGCUGCUGCGUCCUGCUACAUCAGCCUGGUCCAGAAGGAGUCUGACAACAACGCGAAGCUCAUCGUCCUUGACCGUCUUGAUUCUCUCCGCUCCAAACACGGCCAUGUACUCGAUGCCCUCAUCAUGGACAUUUUGCAGAUUUUGUCCAGCGCUGACCUCGAGGUCCGCCGAAAGGCUAUCAGUAUUGUCCUUAGCCUCACCUCCAGCCGCAAUGUGGAGGAAGUGGUUAUGUUCCUCAAGAAGCAGCUCCAGAGGACGCAAGACCAGGAGUUCGAGAAGGCCCCCGAGUACAGGCAAUUGCUCAUCCAGUCGAUUCACGUAUGCGCGGUCAAGUUCUCCGAGGUGGCCGCCAGCGUUGUACACGCGCUCAUGGACUUCCUGGGCGACUCGAACAACCCUUCCGCGCUCGACGUUGUCUCCUUCGUGCGCGAGGUCGUCGAGAAGUUCCCCCAGCUGCGCCGCACCAUCUGCGACAAGCUCAUCCAGACCCUGCCCGAGAUCAAGUCCGGCAAGGUGUACCGCGGGGUGCUCUGGAUCCUUGGCGAGUACGCGGAGGACGUGCAGGAGAUCCAGGAGGUCUUCCGGCAGCUGCGCAAGGUGCUUGGGGAGAUCCCCAUUCUCGCCAGUGAGCAGCGCCUGCUGGAGGAGGCGAGCGCGGAGGACGGGGAGGAGAAGAAGGACGAAGUGAAGACGGAGUCGCACAAGCCGAAGGUGCUCGCGGACGGCACGUACGCGACGGAGAGCGCGUUCACGAGCGUAUCGUCUGCACGGCUGGAGGCUGUGAAGGCGGCCUCGAAACCGCCAUUGAGAGCACUUAUCCUCGGCGGCGACUUCUACACUGGCGCUGUCCUCGCUUCUGCGCUGACGAAGCUUGUCCUCCGCUACUCUGAGCUUUCCAAGGAAGCGCGCAAGUCCAACGCCGUCAAGGCUGAGGCAAUGCUCAUCAUGGCGUCCAUCAUCCGCGUCGGCCAGUCCAAGUUUGUCUCGGUGCCGAUCGACGAGGAUUCGAGCGAGCGCAUCAUGAACUGCAUCCAAACCCUUAGCGAGCUCGAGGCGCAGCCCGCCGUCCACGACAUCUUCCUGAAGGAUACUAAGGCGGCGUACUCCAAGAUGGUCGCUGCGCAGGAGAAGAAGGCAGCGGAGAAGAGGGAAUCGGAGAAGGCGAAGGCGGCGAUCGUGCAGGUCGACGAUCUGCUGAGCUUCCGGCAGUUCUCGAAGAAGGCGGUGGAUGAUACCCUUGACGACUCGGAGGAUGUCAACCGCGCUACGGGUGCUGGCGAGGUUACGGAGGACUUCCUUUCGAACCUCAGCAGGAUCUCGCAGCUCACCGGCUUCUCCGACCCCAUCUACGCGGAAGCCUACGUCAAGGUCCACGGCUUCGACAUUCUCCUCGACGUCCUCCUCGUCAACCAGACCGCCGACACCCUGCAAAACCUGUGCCUUGACUUUGCCACUCUCGGCGACCUCAAGCUUGUCGAGCGUCCAUCCGUCUACACUGUCGCGCCUCAUAGCUUCCAAAGCAUCAAGGCCACCAUCAAGGUAUCGUCAACGGAGACGGGCGUCAUCUUCGGUAGCAUUCUCUGGGAGGGCCCUGGUCUCGCAGAGCAAUGUGUGAUCUUGAACGACAUCCACAUUGAUAUCAUGGACUACAUCAAGCCUGCGUACUGCACAGAGCAGCAGUUCCGGAGCAUGUGGACUGAGUUCGAGUGGGAGAACCGCGUCAAUGUCACGACGACAAUUUCUGACCCGAGGGAAUACCUCAACCACGUCAUGAAGGCGACGAACAUGUCGUGUCUCACGCCCGAGGGCGCGCUCUCGGGCGACUGCGACUUCCUCUCGGCGAACAUGUACGCGAGGAGCUUAUUCGGCGAGGACGCCUUGGCGAACUUGAGCGUGGAACGGACGGAGGACGGUUCGAUCACCGGCCAUGUACGGAUACGGAGCAAAACUCAGGGCAUUGCGUUGUCGUUGGGUGACAGGAUCACCAUGGCGCAAAAGGACAACAAGCCCCCGGUGUAGAUUGUGUAUCGAGCGCGUUAAUAUUAUCUGGAUCGGUUUCGGC